GGGGAACUAGAGCGCAAAGCGACUCCUCACCCCAGCGCGGCCGUGGGGCCGGCCCGGAGCGCAGGGAGGGGCGAAGGGAGCCAACCCUCUGCCGGCUCUUGCAUCAGCAGGGGAGCGGCCGCCCCACUCUGCUCCCGGCCCUGCUGCCUGGCUGGGCGCCUAUAAGAGCGGGCGGCGGCUGCGGGCGGGGAGCGGCGGCGGCAGCUGCAUCGCGGCGCUGGGCUCCUGCGCGGCCGGGGACGAUCCGUCAACAUGUCUGUGUCACACAGUUCCAAGCUGAACAAGGUGGUCAGGGACCAGUACAUGAGGCUUCCCCAGGGGGGCAAGGUCCUGGUGACUUAUGUAUGGAUUGACGGGAGUGGAGAAGGAGUCCGCUGUAAAACUAGAACCAUGGACCAGGAACCAAAGUGCAUAGAAGAUGUCCCAGAAUGGAAUUUCGAUGGAUCCAGUACAGACCAAGCUGAAGGCUCCAACAGCGAUAUGUUCUUGAUACCAGUCAGGAUGUUCCGAGACCCCUUCUGUCUGGACCCAAACAAGCUAGUGUUGUGUGAGGUCCUGAAAUACAACAGAAAACAUGCAGAAACUAACUUGAGGAACACAUGUAAAAAAGUCAUGGACUUGGUUAAGGACAGCCACCCGUGGUUUGGAAUGGAGCAGGAGUACACACUGCUGGGCAUCAAUGGACACCCGUAUGGCUGGCCUGAUAAUGGGUUCCCAGGUCCACAAGGGCCUUAUUACUGUGGGGUUGGAGCAGACAAGGUGUAUGGGCGAGAUAUUGUCGAGUCCCACUACAAGGCGUGCAUCUAUGCCGGGGUGAAGAUAUGUGGCACCAACGCUGAGGUCAUGCCCUCCCAGUGGGAAUUCCAGGUCGGGCCUUGUGAAGGCAUCGAGAUGGGAGAUCACCUGUGGAUGGCACGGUUCAUCCUGCACCGCGUCUGUGAAGACUUUGGGGUCGUGGCCACGUUGGACCCCAAACCGAUGACUGGCAACUGGAAUGGAGCUGGGUGCCACACCAAUUACAGCACAGAAGACAUGAGGAAGGAGGGCGGUCUCAAAUGUAUUGAAACUGCCAUUGAGAAGCUAAGCAAGCGACAUGACUACCACAUCUGUGUGUACGACCCCAGAGGGGGCAGGGACAACUCCAGGCGACUGACCGGGCACCAUGAGACUUCAAGCAUCUUUGAGUUCUCUGCCGGCGUGGCCAACCGAGGGGCCAGCAUCCGUAUCCCCCGCCAAGUUGGCCAGGAUGGCUGUGGCUACUUCGAGGACCGCCGGCCUGCAGCCAACUGCGACCCGUAUGCUGUCACAGAGGCCAUUGUGAGGACGACGUGUCUUAACGAGACAGGGAUGCAAACGAUAGACUAUGCAGACAAAUGAGGCCUUGAAGAGGGUGGGGGUUUUGAUUCCAACCUAGUGUCUCGUGGGUUUUAUGAACGUGUGACCUGGUCAGCUGUAAAGUCCAAACUCUUUAGAACUUUGCUUCUGGUCUUGUGAAAUGGUGGCUUAGAAAAAUAUUUUUAGAUGUAUCUGUAGGGGGAGGCAGAAUCUAUAUGGUUCUCAGCCAGACUCCUGGUUACUGGGUGUUUUUUAGAUCACACAUGGGGGUUUUCAAAACUUGGAUUUAAUUUUUUUAAUUGACUUUAUACUGUGAUGUACAUAGACUCCUAUGUAAAAGCUGCUGCUGUUGAAUGUUUGCUCCCCCCAGCCCUCUUCUUUCCCUCUCCCUCUGCCAUGUUUGUAUUGUAAGGUAACAAUAAAUAGUCUUAUUGGCUGACA